CAGAACAGUGAGGAGACAAACCAAUGUGGAUGACUGUGUUUCUGAAAUAUUUGGAAUCAAAUUUAGUUCGUGCCAGACAGCUGAAGUUUUUUUUGUGUGUGGGCUGAUCAGGGUGUGAUAAAGAUAUAUUGAAAUAAACGCUACAGAUUAGAAUUGGGGACGGAGAUUAUACCUCUGAAGGCUCCAGGAGCAAUUUCUGGUUGUCAAAAGCUGCCGAGUUUCCUGGCGUUUAGGUUUGGUUCUAGAGAUUUAUUUUGGUGUUUUCGAUUUCAAUGCACCAUCAAACUGACCGUGGCCAUAGCUGUUUAUGGAGAAUUGAGAAUCAAUUACCUGCCGUAAAGAUGUUAUCAGCACGUGGUUUUGGAAACUUCAGCCUGUUAACCUUGGUGUCCAAGUGAUUCUUGCAGCCAUGGGAUUGCUAAGGAAUAUCUCGAAAAUGCCUUUACCACAUCUCCUGAACAGACUCUACUCUUUGAAAUUAUGUUCAACCCUAACUUGUAGGAGGAUAUCAGACUUACUGUUUUACCAGCCAAAACUGGUUCUGAUGAACAAAAAUGUCCCUAUUAAUUUAUUGAAAAAUCUAUGCCCCCGAAAUUUAUCAUGGAACUCUGCGAGGUGUUUUGCCACAAGUCAGAGUAAUUCAAAAAGCAUGAAAGAUACUUGCAGUAGGAAAUCAAGAACUGAAAAACAAGGUGGUGGGGAUGAUGAGGUGAUAACGGAACUGGACUGUGAAAUAGAAGAGAGUGAAUAUGAAGAACUUCUUCAGGGACAAGCAUUUGCUCCUUCUGAAGGAGGGCACAGAGUAUUUGUUGUUCAUCCAAAUGUUAAGUGGGGAGCAAAGAAACAACAUCUCACAACAGGUGAACUUCAAAUGGCCGAAGCAGUUGCUCUUGUAAAUACUUUGCCCAACUGGCAGGUUGUUGAUAAACUCAUCCUUUCUACAAAAAGUCCAGAUAACAAACUAGUUUUUGGCAAAGGCAAUUUUGAGACUCUUACAGAAAUAAUUAAAGGGAUGCCACAAAUUACUGCAGUAUUUAUGAAUGUUGAAAGACUGUCUGCAAUAUCGGAGAAAGAGCUGGAGUCUACUUGGGGUGUUAAAGUUUUUGACCGGUAUUCCAUCGUCCUUCACAUCUUCCAUUGCAAUGCUCGUACCAAAGAAGCCAAACUGCAGAUAGCACUCGCUGAGAUCCCUUACCUGAGGUCCCAGUUGAGAAAUGAAUUGGCCCAUUUAGACCAACAAGGUGGUGGAUCCAGGUAUAUCAUGGGGUCAGGUGAGACCUUCAUGGAGGCUCAGCAGCGCCUCCUCAAGGGGAGGGAACUGAAGAUUAGAGCAGCCUUGGAGAAGCUAAGACGAAAACGGCAACUGUUGAGAGCUCAACGAAAGCGUAGAGAGUUCCCAGUUAUAUCUGUCAUGGGCUACACUAAUUGUGGCAAAACCACCCUGAUCAAAAGUCUGACUGGAGACUUAAGACUUCACCCCAGAGAUCAGCUGUUUGCUACGCUUGAUGUUACCACUCAUGCUGGCUUGACUCCAAGUCGUAUGACAAUCCUUUAUGUUGAUACCAUUGGAUUUCUCUCUCAACUUCCCCACAACUUAAUUGGAUCCUUUUCAGCAACUCUAGAGGAUGUGGCACAUUCAGAUAUUAUAGUUCAUGUUAGAGACAUAAGUCACCCUGAAACCACCAACCAGAAGGUGAAUGUGUUGAACGUUCUCAAGAAUCUUCAGCUGUCAAAUCAACUUCUAGAUUCUAUUAUUGAGGUCCACAAUAAAAUUGAUUUGGUGGACAGCUAUCAACAAACAGAUCCAAACGCCAUUGCAGUUUCAGCUCUUCAUGGACACGGUAUAGAUGAACUGAAAAGGAAAAUUGAGGAGGCGGUUUUGCAGGCAACGGGAAAGCUGAUCCUCACCAUCAAAGUAAAUUUGGCUGGACCUCAACUGAGCUGGUUGUAUAAGGAAGCCACUGUGCAGGAAGUGGAUGUUUUGCCAGAAGAUGGUUUGGCCAACGUAACUGUUAUCAUCAGUCACUCUGCAUAUGGGAAAUACAGGAAGCAGUUUCAACACUGAAGGAAAUGUAAAUGCUGUUUUUGUACCCCGAGAUUUUACCAUUUUUUGCCUGCCCUCUUGUAGGUGAGGACAUUUUAAAAAGUACUUACUUGCCUCACUGAGAAAUGUGGAGAAUUACACUGAAGUGCAGGAAUCAUUGUUCUGUUGGAAAACUUGCACACAGCAAGAUCCCAUGGAACUAAGUCCUGGAGGUAUUCAUAGCUUUUUCUAAGCAAUCUUUGAUCAUUUCCAAGAGACAGGUACAACCUUUAUCUCAUGCAAAGAAGGGAGGUUCAAAAAUAAGUCAAAAUUUUGUUCAAUAAAUAAAUCACAGAUAUUGUAAAGUACCUAAUAGUGAAACAUUAUUUAUUCCACUCCACUUACUUGGGGCUAAUCUAUUUGAUGCAGGAUUGCAGAAACCUGAAACAUCAGCAGUUUCUUUCAUCCCUCCGACACUGCUCGACCAGUUGAGUUCCUCCAGCAGAUUGUUUGUUGGGCUAAAGUUUUUAAUAAUUUUUACAACAUGGGUAUGUUUUAAUCCCAUGGUUAGAGAAAUGUAGUGGACUAAUAUCUCUGUUCCAGAACAGCACGAAGAGCUGCGUGUUAGUGCAGCAGGUAGGGUUGUGAACUCAUAGUUACCCUGACCCCAGAGUGUCCCUGUGAUGUGAUUUCUCCCCACAUCCCAAAGACAUGCAGGUUGGUAGGUUCAUUAACUAUAAAUUAUCACCCAUGUAGAUGGGUGAUUGAAGAAUCAAGGGUAGAGUGAAAGAAUAGGUUAGAGGGAAAGAAAUGACAAAAUGAGAUUGCCCCUGGAGCUGGCAUUGAUGGGCCAAAUGGCUCCUUGUAUGAAUAUGAACAUUUAAAGCUGAAAAUGGUGUGCAGCAGGAGCAGUCGUGGACCUUGAUAGUAAAGUUCACAAAGCUGACCAAUCUUCCAUCAAAUAGUUGUGUAUACACUUAUGAAGAAGUAAGAUUCAUUCACAAAGUGCAAAAACAAGGGAUUCUGCAGAUGCUGGAAAUCUGGAGCAACACACAAAAUACUGGAGGAAUUCAGCAUCUAUGGAGGGAAAUAAACAGUCGACAUUUCAGGUCAAGACUCUGCAUCAGGACCCAAUCAUCUUCAAAAGGACCUGAUCAAGGAUCUUGCCCCGAAAUGUCAAAUUGUUUAUUCCUCUCCAUAGAUGCUGCCUGGCGUGUUGAGUUCCUCCAGCGUUUUGUGUGUGUCACUGUGCAUUCAACAUCUUCAAAUAGAG